AUGCCCUGGGGCUACGUCUGGGAACGAAUCGGACCCACACUUACCACCGAUUGUUUGCUUGUGUACUACAACACUGUGCCCGCAGAGGACUCCAACGAGGAGUGCUGUCCGUAUUUCUCCCUCAAGUCGUGUGUACUUACGAUCGCUGAAAAUGAGUGCAAAGAAAUGAGCGAAGAAGUGGUCAAAGAGUUUGUAACAUCAAUAUUUUUCAGAGAGUUUUUUAAAGACAUACACCGGAAAGAAUGUAUGGCAAGAAUCAAACCCGAGCUCACCGUUUACUGCGAGAGAGGCUUCAAUAGGGAAAUGGACGGCAACGGCAAAGAGGAUACCAAUCAGAAGAUGUGUUUCGCGUAUCACACACUCCGCUCGUGUGUACUCAACAUUAUAGACAACGAUCCGACCAAACAAUGCAAAGAAGAGGGCAGAGAAGUGGCCAAACAAUAUCUCCAAAACUUUGCAAACAGAAUCUCAUGGGAAGACUGGAGCACUAUAUGGGGAGUCGGCAAAUGUUUGGCCAAAAUCACACCCAAACUCACCACCGCUUGUGUUAAGAGCACUGACCACCAGAAUGCCGGACCCACAGAGUACACAACUCAGGAGGACGGGUGCCGACAGUAUGACUCCCUCUACUCAUGUGUACUGAAUAUCGCAGAGAAGGAAUGCAACGAAAUGGGAAAAGAAGUGACCAAACAAUUUAUAGAUGGUCUCAAAUUGAGCAUAAAUCUCGACCAAUAUAAUAUGGAUGUAAUGAGAGAGAAAUGUGUGGCCACAAUCCGCAAACAAAGUUUCACGCAUUGCUUUCAAGACUUUUACACCGAAGUCAAUAAACUCAAAGAGGAAAGAAAUAUGAAGGCCUUAUGCUGUGCCGGUCUCUUCAUGGAGUCGUGUGGGCUGAAGAUCAUUGAGAGGAAAUGCGGUGAAACCAUCAAAAACAAUGCCAAACAAUUCAUCGACAAAUCCAGAGUGCCUUCGACAGAAUGUAUUGAUUACGGAACCAUCACUUGUAUGUAA